AUGAGUAGUGAAGAUUAUUCAGUUGAAAGUCAAAAAAAAGUAUAUACUAUAUGGGCAAAUAAUAUUUUAAGUAAAAGAAAUUUACACAUUGUAGAUUUAUUCGAAGAUUUAAGAGAUGGAGUUUAUUUAAUAAAUUUAUUAGAAAUAUUAACAAAUGAAAAAUCCGAAAACUAUAUCACUAAACCAAAAAAUAGAUUACAACAAUUAUCAAAUGUUCAAUUAGCACUGAAUGUUAUCGACAGAUGGGGUAUAAGUUUAGUUAAUUGUAGACCAGAACAUUUAGUUGACAAGCACGUUAAAAUGACCUUAAGCUUAAUUUGGAGAUUAAUUUCGAAAUUUCAAAUUCAACAAUUUCUAACCGAUGAAGAUUUUGCAUUGGAAGCAUCAACCACCACAUCAACUGGAAAUACAUUAAAUAUACCACCAUCAUCACAUGGCACAAUAGAACAUACAGUAUCAUCCAAUGACCUCAGUAGAUCCUUUACAACAACACCAAGAUUAUCAUCAAAUUCCAAACCAACUGCCAAAGAAGCCCUUUUAAGAUGGUGCAGACGUGAAAUCGAAGGCUAUAAUGCAACUUCCAUUACCAACUUUAACAAGGCAUUUCAAAGUCCUCAAUUAUUCUAUUGCCUUAUUCAUAAAUAUUGUCCAGAGAGUAUAGAUUUAGAUACUAUUUCAAAAGAAGGUGAAGUUGAAGCUUUAAGCAAGUGUUUUGAUAUCGCAGAAAAGCAAUUAAAUAUUCCAAAAUUCCUCACCCCUCAAAACAUUAUUGAAGGUCCAAUUGAUGAAUAUUGUGUUAUGACUUAUAUUUCAUAUUUUUUAAACUAUCGUAGAAAUGUUUCGACCAAUACAACUCCACAACCAGCUUUUACAAAAGGUCAUCAUAGAGUUUCAAGUACAGGUUCAAAUAGUUCAACAGUAAGUGACUCUGGUAUAACAAAUUUACAACAACAAUUAAAUAGUAUUUCCUCAUCAUCAACAACCACAACAACAGCCAAAAAAAGAAUUUCAUUGGCACCAAUUGUAGCACCAUUAAAUCCAAAUCUUAUUAAUAAUCAAAACAAUAUCAGUACAAUUAACAAUCCAAACCCAAAUACAAUUCCAAACCCAAAUACAAUCACACCAACAAAUAAAUCAACACCUGAAAAAAUUAAUAUUACCAAUACAACUCCAACAAGCUCCCCAGCUAUUGAUAGAACUCAACAACAAUCAAACCCAUCACCAAGACCAAUCCAAAAGCAACCAUCUUUCUCACAAAUUGUACAAAUCCCAUUAACCCAACAACUUCAACAGCAACAGCAAUUAGACAAAAACUCAAUCAUUGAAAUUAUCAAUAACUUUACAAAAGAAUUGAAAAGGUUCUCUGAACAACAUGAAAGUAUGCUCAUUAAAACCUCAAAUAUUUUAGAUGAAAAAGUAAAUAAAUUGGCAGAUAAAUUGGAUCAAUUAGAAACCAAAAUUUCAUCAAUGAAAAGUGUAAUCACAUCAAUUACAGAACACAAUAGUCAUAAUCAUCACCAUCAUCACCACCAUCAUCACAAAAGUAACAAUAGUACCCCAACAAGUAGCAGUAAUAAUAGUACACCAAACAAUAUAACAAGUGAAGAAAAUUCGCCAUCAUCUUCAUUAAAGAAAAAGAAACCAUCACCACCUAGUAAUACUACUCCAACAGUAAUAGCAAGCAAACCAAAAGAAACACAACAAGAAAAAGAUGAAAGAAGAGAAAAGAGAAGAAGCAGAAGAAGAGAGAAAGAAGAAAGAAGAAUCAUCAGAGAAAAAGAGAUUGGAUCAAACACACUUACACAAUCAUCAUCAUCGUGCUCAUUGGCAGAUGAUGCUCAAAUUGAUAGAGAAGAAGUUAAAAGAAUUGUAAGAUGUCAAUCUAUUAUUAGAGGUUACCUCACUAGAAAGCAUUACAGAAGAAUAAAGAAUCGUAGAGAGGUGGCUCAAGAAAUUCUUAAAACUGAAGAAACCUAUGUCAAUAGUUUAUCAGUACUCUUACAAUACUAUUUAGUCCCAUUAAAGAAUGAAAGUGCCUCAGUUUCAUCAAUUAGCGCCGACAACGUAAAAACCUUAACCAACAACAUAGAAGUCAUUUUAAAUAUGAACAAUAUGCUUUUAAAACGUUUAAAAGAAAGAAUGUCCACACCAUGGCACUACCAACAACUAUUUGGUGAUAUCUUCUUCAAGAUGAGUGAUCUAUUGAAGUGUUAUAUUGCCUAUGUAAACCACUAUAAUCGUGCCCUCUCAACUGUAAAUGACUUUUCCAAACACCCAGGUCUCAAUGAAUUUAUCAACAAUACUUUUAUGAAGACCCAUCAACAACUUCGUGAUUUAAUUAUCAUCCCAGUCCAACGUAUCCCUCGUUAUGUCCUAUUAUUAGAAGAAAUGUGUAAAGUCACCGAAACUACACAUCCAGAUUAUCAACAAUUAACUGGAUCGCUCACCAAAAUGCAAUCGAUUGCCGACCACGUCAAUGAAAAACGUAGAGAUUUCGAAAAUGUUAUUCAUGUAUCAUUAUUACAAGAAGCAAUCAUUGGUUUCAACAUUAUGGAGUACUCAUCAUUACGUUAUAUUAUGGAGGGUGAUUUACAAGCUCAUAUUAUGUCCAGUGGCAGUGGUUUUGGUGGCGCUAUUGCUGGUGUCGUUGGAAACGCAGGUUCAUCAUCCAAUAGUAAUGAAUCAAACUCUAAAAAUAGUAUACCAACAAACUUACAUGUCUUUUUAUUCAAUCAAAUGUUGGUAGUUUGUAAAUAUAAAAAAGGUAAAGACUCUUACUUUGCAAAUAAAACUUUAUUUGGUAGUGCAAACAAUGAAAAGCAUAAAUCAAAGCAACCAAAAUAUAAAUAUUUAUCACAUCAUAGUUUAACCUCACAAACCAAAUUAUCACAUAACAAAUCUGAAAAUUGGUUUGGUGUAGAUAAUGAAAAGGGUGAAUAUAAGAGAUUUUUUACUAGAACUGUUGCCGAAAAAGAUAUGUGGGUUCAAAAUAUUCAACCAUGUCUUGAUAAAGCUCAAGAAAUUAAAACUUUAAAAAACAAUGCAAAUAAUAAAUAA